AGUACUAGGCCUGCGCGAAGCGCUUGGAAAAUGGCCUAAACGCAGGACAUUGAACAAAGAUCUCGGCAGAGGAUCAACUGGUGAACUACCUGCCGCAGUGAAUGUAAAACCGGGCUCUUCUUGGAACUCCUGCUACCUGCCAAAGGGCCAGAGAAGAUACUUUCGCAGCCAUGACGCUGAACGAGAGCGACGCCACUCGCUUGGAGCUAACGCGCAACUUUCUGGAGCUGUCCCGCAAUGCCGAGACCUGCACCGCCCUUCGCAGCUCCGACUGCAUCCAGCUGCUGGUGCAAAUACUGCACGCCAAUGACGAGGGACUGGGGACAGCGCGGAAGUACGCCAGUCAGGCACUGCACAACAUAGUCCACAGCCAUCCGGAGGAGAAGGAGCGCCAGCGGGAGGUGAAAAUGCUGCGCCUGCUGGACCAGAUUCUGGACUACUGCAACUUCCUGCGCACCCAGCUGCAGAGCGGUGGUGAGGCGAUCGCAGACGAUGAAGAUCGGCAUCCGCUGGCAGCCAUGAAACUGCUAAUGAAGGCCAGCUUCGACGAGGAGCACCGCCAGACAAUGUGCGAGCUGGGCGCCCUUAAAGCAAUUCCCAACCUUGUGCACCUCGAUCACGCAGUUCACGGGCCGGCUGCGGGCAGGGAACAGUGCAACGCCCUAAGGAGCUACGGCCUAAUGGCCCUGACGAAUCUCACUUUCGGAGACGAGAACGUCCACAACAAAUCCUACCUGUGCGGUCAGCGCCAGUUCAUGGAAGUGGUCAUUGCCCAGCUGAACACGGCUCCGGAUGAACUGCUGCAGGUCCUUGCUGGAGUGCUGCGUAAUCUCUCGUGGCGCGCGGACAAGCAUAUGAAGACUAUCUUUAAUGAGCUUGGCACGGUGACGUCCUUGGCCCGAGCAGCCAUGCAAAACAAGAAUGAAAAUACCCUGAAGGCCAUACUCUCUGCUCUGUGGAAUCUUUCGGCGCACUGCAGCACCAACAAGGCAGAGUUCUGUGCGGUGGACGGAGCGUUGGCCUUUCUAGUUGGAAUGCUGAGCUACGAGGGCCCGAGUAAGACUCUCAAGAUAAUCGAAAACGCUGGUGGCAUUUUGCGGAACGUGUCCAGUCACAUUGCGGUGUGUGAACCCUACCGUCAGAUCCUGCGACGUCACAAUUGCCUUUCAAUUCUCCUGCAACAGCUGAAGUCCGAGUGCCUGACUGUGGUGAGUAACUCUUGUGGAACCCUGUGGAACCUCUCAGCCCGCUGUCCCGAAGACCAGCAGUUUCUCAUCGAUCACAACGCCAUUCCACUCCUCCGCGCCCUGAUCACCUCAAAGAACUCGAUGAUUGCCGAGGGAAGUGCUUCCGCCCUUAAGAAUCUGGUCAACUUCAGGGCGACCCUGGAGCUGAUGCCCAACGGAGACGGUGGAUCGUUGCCGUUGGACAAGGAGUCUGGCCACGCAGGAACGCUGCCCCGGAGGUAUAGCUCACUUCGCCUUAGCUCGAAUCCUACGGGAUCACUGAAAAAGGUUCGACCUUCCACAGUGAGCACGACCGGAGGUUUCCUCACUAGGAAGUGCGAGAGCCGAGAGUCCAUUUACUCGGGAAAAUCGGACUCCACAAAAUACUCAACCAAGUCUGAGGGUGGCAAGAAUCCUUUUGAAAUAGUAACGCCCACCGAAGAGCAGCCCAUUGACUAUUCCAUGAAAUAUAUGGAGCAUAAACCUAAUAGCUCAAAGACCUUCGAGAUUGACUUGGACCAACCCACGGACUUUAGUGCCAGAUAUAAAGAGAGGCGAUCUGUUCAGCCGUUAGCGAAGCCAGAGCUGAAGUCAGAGACAAACAAAGCUACCAAUAACGCCCUGCCGCUGGCCAAGUCAUCCUCGGCCACGGAGCUGCCAAAUGGAGCAGGUCACUUGCCAGUUUCAACAGCGAAGCAGAAACUAGCGACCAAAGCCGAUACGGAAACAGGAGAGCGGGAGCGUCCGAUCAACUACUGUGAAGAGGGCACACCUGGCAGCUUUAGUCGCUUUGACUCUCUCAACAGUUUGUCCGAGAAGCCGGAUAAAUCAGUACCACCGAAAACACCCACGAAGCAACCUAUUGUUCAGCCAGGACAACUGGACCGGAAUACCCCUCAGAUCAUUGACUCUGCGCUGGAAACUCCCUUGAUGUUUUCGCGACGCAGCUCAAUGGAUUCCCUGGUGGGCGACGACGAGACCAUUGCCUGCGACGACAACGGAUCCGUCAUCAGCGAAUACAGUCGAAUGCAGAGUGGCGUCAUUUCCCCAUCAGAACUACCCGACUCACCUACCCAGAGCAUGCCGCAGUCUCCAAAAAGGGACCGAAAGAUGCCAGAUUCUACACAGCAUAGCUCGCAGACGACUGCUUGCAAGCCGACUAGCAAUGUUUUCGAGGACAAGCUCAGCAGGUUCCACGAGGAGCACACGCCUGCAAAUUUCUCCUGUGCCACCAGCCUGAGUAACCUGAGCAUGCUGGACGACUCCAAUGCGAAUGCCAAUCGAGGACCACGAGGCAGUGACAUCAAUGGCAAUGCGGAUGCUCCUCGAAGCUAUUGCACUGAAGACACACCGGCGCUGCUCUCCAAGGCGCCCAGUAACAGUGAUCUUUCCAUUCUGUCGAUACCCAACGACAUAAACGCCAACGAGGAGCACCCGGAGGUUAGGGAAAAACCUAUUGUUUCUGGGAUGGACAUCCGGACACCGGCGGAAGACGCGAUAUCCAAGAUGCGUUGUGGCGGAAGUGCAUUGCCCAGUUAUCUGCCAGUUUCGGAUGAAAUGAGCAAGUAUUAUGUAGAAGACAGUCCCUGCACCUUUUCGGUGAUUUCUGGGCUAUCGCAUCUCACUGUAGGCUCCGCCAAGGCGGGGCCUGUCUCAAGUCUGCCCAUGAGAGCUUCAGAGGAGGCGCCCAAGCUGCCGCCCAGACGCAGUGCCAUUCACGGGGAAGUUGAGCCUCGUCUGCCCCCAAAAAGAAGCGAUUCGUUGAGCUCACUGUCCAUGGACUCGGACGAUGAUGACAGCAAUCUACUAAGCCAGGCCAUUGCAGCGGGAAGCUGCCGACCCCAACCCAGUGGAGCCAGCACCAGUUCCAGCUUGGCCAACACUAGUACCAGCACACUGACCAAGACAACAAAUGGCCAAAAGAAGCAGCCACAGCUGGAGGAAAAUGGUGACAAGCUGAACUACAGCUCGGAUGAUUCGUUGGACGACGAUGACGACGAUGCAAGAUCAAAAUCCCUGUUCGAGCAGUGCAUCCUGAGCGGCAUGCACAAAUCCAACGACGCGUUGGAGUCGGAGAGCGGCGACCAGACGGAACAGCAGCGACAGGAGACGAGCGCUCGGGAUCGGUUUGUCAGCAACCAGGUGCGUCAGAUCGAGUCCAUGUUGGCUGGGCGCCAGCACUAGCAGCGGAUGCGAGAAGCGUGGUUAAGUGAGAAGCGCAUGCGUUUGUUUGGUGCCUUUUUUUAAUCUUGUCUAUGCAAUAAUAUUCUCACGGUCUCAAUUUUCCUAUAGUUCAGAUUAAAAAUUUGCGCUUAAUUUUAA